AUGAUUACCACCCACCUCUCCCCAACCCUGAAGCACCGCUUCCUGUCCCCGCUCCACUCCACCUCCCAGUCCCACCACCACUACCUUCUCGUGCACCUCCCGCUCCCGCUCCCCCGCCGCCACCGCCACCGCCACCUCGCUAAGCCCGCCGCCGCCGUCGCCGCAGCCGCCGCGCCAGACCUCCUCGCCAGCGUCGAGUCCGUCGCCUCCGCGGCCUCCGUCCUGGCCGCUAUCGUGCUCGUCCACGAGUCCGGCCACUUCCUCGCCGCGGCGUCCCGGGGUAUCCACGUCUCCCAGUUCUCCAUCGGCUUCGGCCCGGCGCUCGCCCGCUUCCGCCUCGGCCCCGUCGAGUACGCGCUCCGCGCCAUCCCGCUCGGAGGCUACGUCGGCUUCCCCGACGACGACCCGGAGUCCGGCUUCGCGCCCGACGACCCGGACCUCCUCCGCAACCGCCCCGUCCCGGACCGCCUCCUCGUCGUCUCCGCCGGCGUCGCCGCCAACCUCGCCUUUGCCUUCCUCAUCGUCUACGCGCAGGCGCUCACCGUCGGCGUCCCCGUCCAGGCGCAGCUCCCCGGGGUGCUCGUCCCCGAGGUCCUCCCGGGCUCCGCGGCCGCGCGCGCGGGCCUCCUCCCCGGGGACAUCAUCCUCGCUGUCCCCGGCGCCGCGCCGGACCCGUCCGUGCCCGUCCUCGUCGACCUCAUCAAGGCCAGCCCCAGCAAGAAGGUGCCCCUCACCGUCUCAAGAGCCGGUCCCGGGGCGGUGGACAGGCGGUCCGUUGAGCUCACCGUCGUGCCGGACACCAGCGCCGAUGGCAUGGGGCGCAUCGGCGUGCAGCUCUCCCCCAACGUCAUGGUCACGCGCGUGCGCCCCAAGAACCUGGCCGACGCCACCGUCCUUGCCGUGCGCGAGUUCACGCUCUUGACCGGGACGGUGUUUGACGGGCUCAGGCAGACAUUGCUCAACUUUUCUCAGUCCGCCGAGAAGGUGUCAGGCCCUGUUGCCAUCAUCGCAGUUGGAGCAGAAGUGGCCAGGUCCAGUGCGGAUGGUCUGUUUCAGUUUGCGGCGGUGAUCAACCUCAACCUUGCAGCCAUAAACUUGUUACCCUUGCCAGCAUUGGACGGUGGCACAUUGGCAUUGAUCCUUCUUGAGGCAGCCCGUGGUGGCCGCAAGAUUCCCCGAGAAGUGGAACAGGGCAUUAUGUCAUCAGGGAUAUUGGUGGUGCUCAUGGUUGGCAUGUUCCUCAUUGUGCGUGACACACUCAACCUUGACUUCAUCAAGGAGAUGUUGUGA